AUAUUGAGGUCAGUGACGUCACGUUAUAACAUAACAACAUGGAUGAUCUUGCACGGAGGAAGACAAAAAAAUAAUUAGGUUAUAUUCAGUGGUUUAUAGUAGGUUGGGGAAACUAAACCAACACUUGGUAGCUCACAAAGUGGAAACUAACCGAAGUAAACUAAACUUAUUGGCAGUAAAAACCUUACGGAGCCAUGAACUGACUUUACUCUGAACUUCUGGUCAAGACAAAGUAAGACACGGCGACAAGAAGAAUCAUGUUGAGUUUCCUUGGACUGCGUAAAGAAACAAAGAAGUCAACAUCUGACAAGGAAGUUGAUGGAGGCUUUGUUAUCAUCGGAGAGACAUUUGAAGAACAGAGGAGGAAGAUGCAGAACAUGAACAUCGCACACCCGUCAACAAAUGUCAUAGUGCAGCCAUCAAAGUCAUCCUACACAACUCCAGAUCAACCCACUGACAGAGUGCUCCCUGCAGCUUUACCCACCAUGGGGCCCGUACUGGGACCCUCAGCAGUGGAAGCUGCUUCAGCUCUCCCAGAUGUCCUUAGGGAUGUUCCCUUCACUUUGGCUCCUCAUGUCCUUACCAUGCAGGCUGGAUUCCCCCUCAUCCCUGAUGUGCUGCUGUCCCGGGACAUUAACUACAACCUGGCUAAUUUUCAGUAUGACUUCACUUUAGAGAACUCUGUGCUCCAUAAUGCCUAGUCUGUUUGAAUUUCAAUAUCAGGACUGUUAUUAGGAGUUCAUACUGUGUGGAAUUAUGAACGAAUAAAAACUCACUAAAAUUACAUUAAAAAUCAAAAAGUUGUAGAACUGCAAAGCAUUGAAUUUAUGAAAUUAACUCCCUGUUCAUUAAAUUUCAAAGUAAAUCUUUGGAAAUGAACUGAAGGAAGCAUGGAGAUCUGACUCACUGUAGAACUGAUGAUGAUGAAAAGCUCUAACUUUAUUGCUUUGCAGGAACUGAAUGGACUUGUGGUUGAGUUGGCUUGUGUGAACACAGUCAGGAAGUACAAUGUGUUCCAAUGAUGUUGUGUAACUGUGAACAGGAUAAUUAUGGUUUAUUACAACCUGCGAACACUGCUGCACAGAGGUCAACAAGGUAAAACCAAAAAUAAACACACCUGAAAUGUUGGUGUUAACCUGUCAUUGCCAGCAAUUAUAAUAAAUAUGAUAGGUCAAAGUAGCUUCUAUAAUGGGCAGUGUGGGUAAUAAUGUUACCAUUCCCCUUUGUUUUUUAACUAACCUUUCAACUUUGUUUACACCUAUCUGAUCAUCUGGUUUCCUUUUACUAGAAUUCUGCUGCACCCGGAACCUGACAGGUCCAGACAAAGUAACAGGCUUUUAGCCUUCUAGCGGUGUAAAACUCUGGGCUUGGGUUGGGUUCAUGUUUGGUUAUCCUCAAAAUGCUGCCCGUCGUCUAUAUCUGUGUGUCUAUUGUAGCAACUAGACUCUCAGUGACCACAGGGAGGAGUGAGUGUACAGUUGUAGCUGUUAGCUUGGCUAACUAAGCAUACGUAAAUAUAACUUCAGGUCUAAGUUUAGGUCUCAAAUUUGGCAGUAGCAGUCAGGUUCAGAUGAUUUGGGUUGUGAAGACGUGUGUACAGGCUACAGCUGCUGUCUCUUGUCCCACCAGACUUUUAGCAAUGCCUCCAUUUUUCCAGAUCUCCAUGAUUAACUUGGAGAGUACAGUGCUUUUAUUACACAUAUAAACUGUAUUGUGACUACAAAAAUAACACCCAUUUGUACUAAAUUGGAAUUAUCCUUCACGGGAAGUUGAUAUUUUAUUGCAUAUGGUUCCAUAGUCCUUGUGUCAGCUGUCUAUUAUUUAUAAUAGGGUGUCAUUAAAUUCACUAUGAGAACUUCAUUUUAGCUCAUUUGAGGAUAUGUUACCAGGAUGAUGAAUCAAUAGCUUUAUUCAAAGCUUAGUACUUGGACAAGGAAUCACACAGACAACAAGACCAGGUCAAAACCUGGUACAUGUCUGGACUGUGUGUGGUCGAUGUGAGGAACUGAGGACGUAGGUGAAAACCACUGUAAACAACUACUGUCAAUGGAACGUGGGUACAUUUUGCUAGAUGAUGUAAUACACUAAUUAGCACAUUCAUGACAUCAUUGCGUCGUAUGUGCAUUCAGCCUAGAGUCAGCUGGUUACUGUGAUCACAUAUACAGUGUUUUAACAUGGCCCACUAAGACUACAUGUUAACCAGCAGUCACUUCCAAGCUGCUGCUAAAGUCCUGAUUUAAUAAACACAAUGUCAUCUGACAACAUCACCAAACAUCACUUAAAGACAAAGACUGAGCUGUGAUUUCAGCUAGAUUUACUGUAACAUGAUCAGUUAGAAGAGACACAAUAUCUUUUUUAUUUAGUCUCACACAGAGUACAGCCUUCGUUGGGGUAACAAACUGCUGCUGCUCCUCCUCUCUGAGACUCACUGAACAGAGAGGGCAGAACUUCAGACUCUCUUCUCUGGAAAGUUUCUAGGUUUGCUGCUAGGUGUUUUUUAUUUAAGUCACUAAAUCCGUCUGAAAAUGAAAACUGUUGUGGCUCUGCUGUAAAUACCUCCUAAUGACAUCAAAGAAAAUGUUUGCUUUAUAGAAAAGAGCAACAGCCAAUGGGAAAAGCCCAACACUCAGCGGACCAAUAGUGUAACUUAAUCACAAACUCAACUCUAUCACUCACUUACUUAGUCAUGGAUAUUUGGGGGUGUAACAAAAAUGCUGACCUUCUUCACUAGAAUCACAGCAUAGAAAGUCUCAUCUGUUUAUGUAGGAGCUGCAACAUGAGGAGACUGUUUGAAUGAUAAAGUGAAAAUGUGCAGUAAAAAUUAUUUUACUAACUACAGCUCUUAUAUGAUGUCAUUUAUAUGUUUGACUAUAUGCAGGAACAACACUUCUAACAAAAAUUGUUUUUUUAAAUAUUUUACAGCUGUUCUUCCCCACAAAUGUCCGCCAUGCUUUUAUUUUGCUUCCUAAAUCGGCCUUCCUUUUGAUCCAGCCUGUUUUUCUGCCAUUAUUAACUAAUUUUACAAUUUAUUCUGUCUGUGUUUUCCAUUGGUCUUUGCUUCUCCUGUGUAUGGAACACACUUUUCCUUUCAAUGCAGUCAAUUAUACAUAGAUCAGUUCUGACUUGGCUCAGUACACAGUUUGUGCACUUUUUAGUUCUACAUACAUUGUUUCAAGUUAUGACAGCAUGUACUGUACAUAGGGUAUACCUGCUGUGUCACCACUUGUUACAUUUUUAAACACUGAAUGUUGUGAACUGUAUGAAACGUAUCUCUUUUAAUUGAUGCUGAAUAGUGAUGUGGUACUCCACAUAACAGGAAGUCACUAGAACAGCCUGAUGUAAUACAUUAACUCUUUAGGCUUGAGAGCUGAGAGCUGUCAUAGUCCAGGUGUUACUCAGUGUUUUUUUCUCAGGCAUUGUUAGUGCCCAGCCUUGGUUUGUUUUUGCUGCAGCCUCAGCCAAUAUUUGAAUAUCAGCUUUUAUUUGAGAAUUGAUGUACUUGCAUAAAUCUUAGUUGUCUCUUGUGCUUUGUUGUUGGUUAACUCAAAAUAUAUAGGGGAUUUCACUUCACCUUUCAUUCAUCUGUAGUUUUAAAAUUGAUGUGUUCAUCCGGGUUUGAUCAUUUUCUCAAUAGAUUACAUGAAGUUGGCUGGAUUGAUGUCUUUAAUUUAUUUUGAUAAUUACGAGUUUCCAUGAAUUUACCCAGUAAUACUGUAUUUGUACCGCUGAUCAAAUAUGGUCUCUUCAAACCUGUUGUGCCUUUAACAUGCAGUCCAUACAGAGGCAUACACUUCAAGGGGGGAUAUGUCUCCCUCAAUAUUUAGAACACGUGCAAUUGCCCCCACCCCUCCCACAUUAAAACAGUUAGAACGUUACUCAUUGAUGCUA